CGCGGUUUGAAUCGGGGCGCGAGCUGGUGGCCGGGCUGUGGCCGGCGCGGGGGUCCCGGGGCGGGAUCGCCCCGCACCAUGGAGCGGAAUACGGGGGUACGGGAGGGGCUGCGGCGCAGCAACGCCCGCUUCAUGGCCUCCAUGAACCGCAUCCUGGAGCAGUAUAAUCAUCCUUUUGUAGAUGACUUACUUGUUUCCAUGGAUACUCUCACUUAUGAUACACCUGACGGACCAAAACAAUGGGGGCAAGUGUCAAGGAAUGAUGUUAAAAAAUGGAAGGAGAAACUAUUUAAGAAGGAUAGACGAAGGAAUAGAGAAACAUCAAAGCAACAGAGCAGUGAUUUUGAAGAUGAACACUCAACAGUAGAUCAGGAAUCUUCUGAGAACUCUGGUGUGGAUACAUCUGAUAUAGGUGAAGAAAGGGGUGAUAUAGGCUCAGUAAGAAGAAAAUUUGAAGAAAUUGACCUCCAGGUAGAAUUUUUGGUGAAAGGUCAUCGUUUAACUUCGCCACUGCAAGAACUGUUCGACAAUCAAGCUGUUGUUUGCAGAAAGGAGCUAGAGUUGUCAAAUGAAAGUUCUUCAUCCAAAUAUCUACAGUUGCAGCAUUCUCAUGUUCCCAUUUCAUCAAAUACAAUAACAUCCCCCAGACAUCAACCUUUUCCAGAACUGAGCACAACUUUGUGUGAUAGCAUCCAUGGAGAAUACCUGCCUGCAGAUGAGGGAUGCUCCUGGAGCAAUACAACUCUCGCAGACUUGUAUCCCGCAAUGGUAGAGAUACUUACAAAGCUCAUGGCAAAGCAGUCUCAUAGAAGAGUGUUAAAGCACAUUUUUGGACACUUAAGGUCCAAGAGAUGGCAUUUUAGAAGACCAAAACUCAAUAUCACUGUAGACAAAAUGACAAGGUCCAGACCCUGUAAACUAAAGAGAGUAUUUCGCAGCCCAUGUAGCUGUAGAAGUGAAGACAACAACCAAGCACAUCUAGCUGUAGACGUGAAGACAACCAAGAAUCCAGCUUUUGGAAAUGAGAGCAGAGAAUUCUGUUUUGACAAUAGCCUCAUUAGUAAUUCUUCUGGUCUGGUUCCUUAUGCUUAUACUGAUACAAAUGAAAUCAAAAUGGACUACUCUGACUCAAACUCAGAGCAACAUUUGACAUCUAGAAAGGGCCAAGUAGUCUGCAAACACACUGCUUUUCCUGAUGUUAUGGGUAGAAUGGAAGAGACAUUUAUAGUUGAAGAUGAAUUGCAGCCUACUGCCUCACCAAAAAAUUCAGAAUACACAGGAAGUGAAAAAUUAGCUUACACAGAACCCAGUUUUAUAACAUCCACUGCCAAUUCAGAGUCAAGAGUGCUUCAUCUUGUAAAAGAGAGUAAGACUCAGAAAACCGACUUUUGUGUCGGUACCUCAGAAUUGUGUUCAUGUUCUUGUAGUUCCCCUGGCAAUAGUAACAAUUCUAUACCUAUUACAAAUUGUUCUCCUGCAAGAUCAUCAAAUACUGUGUUCAAAUAUCCCGAAAAAAUAAUUUCUGAAAGACAAACUUCUUUCCAGCACAAAGACUGGUUUUCCUCCUGUUUUACGAAGCAGAGUCCUUCAAAGAUGCCCAAUAAAUACAAAGAUGCAUUUGAGGAAUUCUACUACAAAGUGUGUUCUGAAGAAUUCCAAAAGCCUUUGACAUUGACAAGACCUCUUUUAAACUCUCAGAACCUUGAAGAGAAAGGAAGUUUAGUGAAACGCAGUUUAAGUGAUGUUGGGAGGUCCAUUAAACAGUGUGAUAAAGAAUUUGACAGGCUCUAUGAAAAACUGUCUAGGGAGUCUUUUCCAAAAUUUCCUGCGUUUCAGAGGGCUUCAAAUUUGCUAAAAUAUGAAGAAAUACAGAUGCCUGAAACUGUAAAUGCUCUUGUUAAUUCUCCUGUCCGAACUUAUUCUGCAAUUUCCAGAGUUAAAAGAGCAGGAAGUUCUCAAAACUAUCUUCCUUGUUCACCAUUAAAGCGACUGAAACUUACACCAGAACAUUGUUUUUCUUCAAGAAAAUAUCAGGAGAUUUUCCACAGUAAAACAGGUCCUCAAACAGCUGGCAUGGAUUUUCUGAGCACAUACAGCUGUAACAACUCCAGCUUUUUUAAAGAUCACAGCUAUCAUUGUCAGGGCUCUGGAUCUCAUGAUUCUUCAGAUAAAACUUUUCUUUGUAUUCCUGGCACUUCCCUGCAAGAAUCUAGGACUGCAAGUGAACACUAUGGGUGGCCUGGGGCAAUGGAGAAUUGCAGCUCUCCCAGAAAUGUGAGGAAGUAUCACUCAAGGGUAUACAGAAAACUAAGCUACACUGAUGAGAAAGAACAAUUGUAUGAAUCCCUUCGAUGACUCUGGGUAAAGCUCACCAAGAGGCAUUCAUGGACAGCUACAGAUAAAGCAAUUUUAUAUAGGUUGGGUUUUAUUCACUAUUGUUUCUUCUAAGAGUCAAGCAUUUAUAAUUAUAUGUAAGCAAUACACAACUUGUUCUGAUUUAUACUUUGCUGUUAGAUAAAUCCUUGGGAAACGGUUUGUCCCUUUUGACUGGGCACUUCUUACUUAAUUUGUGGCUAAGUUGGAAUUUUAUAUUUGAUAUUAUUUUUAAUAACAGAUUGUUCUUUUUACUUGCUAAUAAGCUUUAAUUCUUACUGUAUUAAUAAGGAACAAGCUCAUUUCCCUAAAUUGCUGUCUUUUCAUGCUUUUUUGAAUGUAUCAGUACAGACCCCAGAUCACUGCUAUAUGCUAUAACCUGAGUCUCUAUGCAAUGUUAAUAUUAAAAUUUUCAAAGUAGAUCACCAAAGUUGAUCGUUCAAUAAAAUCUUAUACUUUUUAGUAGAGCUGGUAAUUCUGUUCCGUAUUUUGACAGAAUUCUACCUGACACAAUGUAUUUUCUAAAUAAAAAAACUGUUCUGAACAAA